UAUGCCCUAAUCAACUAUAGACCCACAGAGCCGACGUUUGUUUAUAAACAAAGAAGGCGAUGUGUUGUUGAUAGUUCGGUCUUCGAAGAAAAAGUUUUAAUUUUUCUGUAAUAUAUAUUGUAACAAGUGAAAAACGGUUGAAAAUGGCUUGUGUUGUUCCCUAAUGUGCCGCCAACUCGACUUCAUCAAAAGUUCACCUUUUUGCAUACCCCAAAGACGUGAACUUGCGAAAUAGAUGGCUUCAGCGUGUUUGUGUCACCGAUUCGAUGCCUGCUAUUGGAAAAAGGAAGCGCCUAUUUGUGUGCCAGCAACAUUUCGAUCAAUCUGAUUACCAUGUAGUGCCGGUAAAAUCUGCUAAAGGAAAAGUGCACUACGUGUUAGAUAAAAAUAUUGUUCCUCACAAAAAUCUUCCAUUCUCGCCAAUUCAUAGCUUCCUGCUGGCAUAUUCGGCGGAAGCCUAUCUGGCAGAUUCCGUCCCACGGCGGUACCCAGCGGAACUACACACUAGCCAAUUAUGGUUUAAAGCCCUUGGAAUUGAUCAAUGCAGUUUGCCAACAAUGCUGAACGGUAUAGUUUUAUGGUUCCGGAAUCUGACCCUUUGGCAUGUCCUGUCGAGAUUAAGUCUGUUGACCCUCAUCUUCUCGACCUAUCGAUAGAGAAGAGCCCCGAAGAAACCAACCUAAAUUCAAGUCCAGCGUCCGACCCGUUGGCGUGUCCUGUGGAAACCUUUGAUUCUGAUUUUACAAACUCGAUUAUUGAUCCAGAGGAAAGCUUUCAGGAAACGAUGCAAAAUUCUUCACAAAACAAUGGACAAUGCAUUGAUCGCACUUCGUUCAGAACUGGUUCGAAGAGUAAGCAAUGCUCCAAGAAAGGAAUUUAUACCGUCGAUAAACAUACUCCUAGCGCUUUCAACACCCCCGGACAAUGCCCUUCAACGAGAGACGUUCAGAUCGAUCAAAUUACUCCAUGCAGUCUCUGGAGUACACCAGGAUCAGACUAUACAGGUGUUCUAUCUUCAGUAAGUAGCGAAUACAUUCCCAGUGACCGGAGCGAUAUUGGUCGUGAGCAACAUCCAGUGGAGGAUAUAUUUAAGUAUAUGAUAAGCAUAAUGAAAGUGAAAUGCAUGUUAUAUUUAGGAAUUCCACCGAAUGGAUUAUAUAUUCUGCAGGCAUUACCAGAGACUACUAAUAUUAGUGAACGGGAUAUUAUGAUUAUUCUCAGAAAAAUAAGAUUAGAUGAACCAUAUGAAUUGUUAUCUAAUAUCUUUAUGAUAUCUUCUUCUAGAAUUUCACAAAUAUUCAAUCGAUACGUACCAAUAGUAGCUAAGGAAUUUGAGGAGAUAAUUUUUUGGCCAGAUCGGAAGACGAUUAAAAAAUUUUUGCCCGUAGCAUUCCUCAAAGAAUACAGUGCAAUUGAAAGCAUCAUUGACUGUUUUGAAAUACAAAUCCAAAAGCCUACUGACCCUAUUGCACAGUCUGCUACAUUUCCUCAAUACAAAUCCUGUAACACUCUGAAGUAUUUGUUAUCGUUUACACCUUGUGGUCAUGUUAAUUUUAUAUCGAAAGGAUUUCCCGGUCGCGCAAGUGAUCAGAAAGUCGUACGAAAAUCCGGAUUUUUAAAUAACAUUCAACCGAACGUUGGGGUUUUGGCCGAUCGAGGAUUUAAAAAUGUAGCUGUGGAAGUCGCUCACAAAGGAGGGCAUCUAAUUCGUCCACCAAGUGUUGUAAAAGACAAGGCAUUAUUAAAAGAAGAUGUUUUGAAACCAAAGGAGAUAGCUAGUGUAAGGAUUCACAUAGAGCGCCUCAUUAGGAGUUUCAGGUCAAGAUGUACGCACCUCAUGCUGAAUUGCCGUCAUUUAUUUUUCAUCUUAUUGAUUUUAUAGUUAAAAUAAUUGCAGGGCUAGUAAACUUGCAAGGGCCACUGAUUAAGUAAAAUAACGUAUAUUAACAUGUUAUUAAUGUAU